ACGAUUACUUUGCACGGUCAUUUAUUUAUACAUUCUUUAAUUGCGAUCAUUUUAAAUAAUUAAUAUAAUUCUUAAACAACUGUUUGCUUUUAAUAUUCUACUUUCAAAUAAUAAUUGUAAUAAUGUUAUCUCAUGAGGAUUUAACUGAAAAUGAAGAGACUUUGCCACUGGAAAUUAGUGUUUCUGAAGCUAAUUUACCAGAAAAUAAAGCUCCAUCAUUAUCAAGUAUGUCAAAUGUGUUAAUUGAUGAUUAUAUUGAAAAACGAUAUGAAAUUACCAAAUCACCAAAUGAUAAAAAAUUAUAUAGAGGUUUAUUAUUGUCUAAUCAUAUGAAAGUAGUAUUAGUAAGUGAUCCAACGACUGAUAGAAGUGCUGCAGCUAUGGAUGUUCAUAUUGGUUACAUGAGCGAUCCUGAAGAUUUACCAGGCCUAGCUCAUUUUUGUGAGCAUAUGUUAUUUUUGGGAACGGAAAAAUAUCCUCAAGAAAAUGAAUAUAAUAUGUUCCUAUCUCAAAAUGGUGGUACCAGUAACGCUGUUACUUGUAUGGACCGUACUAUUUAUUAUUUUAGUGUUACUCCAGAUAAAUUAAAAGAUGCAUUAGAUCGUUUCGCACAAUUCUUUUCGAAACCAUUAUUUACUGAAUCGAUGACAGAAUUAGAAAUUAAUGCAAUCAAUUCUGAACACGAAAAAAAUAUAAAUAAUGAUAUAUGGCGCAUUCGUCAAGUAGAAAAAUCAUCAGCUAAGCCUAACCAUCCAUACUCUAAAUUUGGUACUGGUAAUAAAGAAACAUUAGAUACUAUACCAAAAAAGAAAGGUAUAAAUGUUAGAGAAAAAUUACUUGAGUUUCAUAACAAGUAUUAUUCUGCCAAUAUUAUGUCUUUAUGUAUUCUUGGAAAAGAGAGCUUAGAGGAACUUGAAAGGAUAGUUGUGAAUCUGUUUUCUGAAGUAAAAAACAAAGAAAUAGAAAUACCAGUGUGGUCUGAACAACCUUUUGCCGAAGAAGAUCUUGCAAAUAUAUGGUACAUUGUACCGAUAAAAGAUACACGAAGUUUAAACAUGAUAUUUCCUAUUCCUGAUUUGCGAAGUCAUUAUAAUGCUUCGCCAACACAUUAUAUAUCACAUUUAUUGGGACAUGAAGGAGCAGGUUCAUUACUUUCAUCCCUUAAAGCAUAUAAUUGGUGCAAUUCUUUAGUAGCAGGUAGAUCACCAUCUCCUAAAGGUUUUAGCUUUUUUCAAAUUUCUGCUGAUUUAACUGUAGAAGGUAUUGAUCACAUUGAUGAUAUUAUCAUGCUAACAUUUCAAUAUAUUAAUAUGCUUAAGGAAAAAAAACCAAUUCAAUGGAUUUAUGAGGAAUAUAAAAGUAUUGGUAAUAUGAAUUUUCGAUUUAAAGAGCAAUCUUCACCACAAUCAUAUGUGAGUUUGAUAGCACAGGGAUUACAUCUGUAUAAUAUGGAAGAUGUUUUAACCGCAGAACAUCUUUUCUUAGAAUGGGAUCCUCAGUUAAUUACUGAUGUAAUGGAAUAUCUAAAACCAACAAAUAUUAGAGUACAUGUAGUUGGAAAACACUUUAAAAACUUGGCUAAUCAAUCAGAAAAAUGGUAUGGAACCAAAUUUAAGAAAGAAAAAAUAUCAUUAGAAUUAAUUGAACGAUGGCAAAAAUGUCCGCCCAACUCAGAUCUAGCAUUACCAUCUAAAAAUGAGUUUAUACCAAGCAUAUUUGAUCUAAAAGAAUUACCAGCCGAUUCAAACAAAUAUCCUGUAAUUAUAGAGGAUACACCAUUAUUAAGAGUGUGGUUUAAACAGGAUGACGAAUAUUUAGUACCAAAAGCUAAUAUUAUGCUUAAUUUUGUAAGUCCAAUCGUAUACUUAGAUCCAGUUAAUUACAACUCGUGUUUAAUGUACGUUCGUUUGAUUCGUGAUUCUUUGGCUGAGUAUGCAUACGACGCUCAAUUAACUGGUCUAACAUGGGAAAUAAACAACAGUAAAUACGGAGUUGAACUCUCAAUUGAAGGCUAUGACCACAAACUAAGUGUCCUGUUAACCAAGAUCAUAAAUAGUAUGGUCAAUUUCAAAUUUGCACCAGAACGAUUUGAAAUUUUGAAAGAAAAUUAUAUUCGAGAAUUAAAAAAUUUUAACACUGAGCAGCCGUAUCAACAUGCAGUGUAUUACCUUGCUGCUUUAUUAGUUGAGCAAACAUGGAUGAAAGAUGAAUUAUUAGAAGCAAGUUCUCACAUAACAAUUAAACAAUUAAGCACGUUCUUACAAUAUUUUUUAAAUAAUAUACACGUAGAGUGUCUUGUUGAUGGUAAUCUUACGAGGUCAGAAGCCAUUGAUUUGGUUCGCAUAGUUGAAUCAAACUUUGGAAAUAAUUUGCCAUAUAUGGUAAUACUUUCACCGAGGCAAUUGUUAGUCAAACGUGAAGUUAAAUUAGAAGAUGGGUGUCACUUUUUAUUUGAAGUAGAAAAUAAAUACCACAAAAGUUCUUGUACUGAAAUAUAUUACCAGAGUGGUGUGCAAACAACAGAGUCGAACAUGUUGAUUGAACUUUUGGGACAAAUCAUUCAAGAACCAUGUUUCAAUAUUUUAAGAACUAAAGAACAGCUAGGAUAUAUUGUAUUUGCUGGCGUAAGAAGAUCAAAUGGUGUACAGGGAAUGAGAGUUAUCGUUCAAAGUACAAAACAUCCCAAAUUUGUAGAAACAAGAAUCGACGAAUUCAUGAAAACCAUGUUGAAUGUUAUAACAAACAUGUCAGAUGAAGAAUUCAAUGCACAUAAGGAAUCGUUAGCUGAUCAUCGUUUAGAAAAGCCUAAAAGGUUGAAUUCUUUGAGUCAAGAGUUUUGGAUGGAAAUAUCAACGCAACAGUAUAAUUUUGCUCGCUUAGAUAUUGAAAUUCCAUAUUUAAGGACUAUAACGAAAGAACAAUUAUUAACAUUUUUCAAGGAUCUUUGUUUCAAUGAAAAACGAAGUAAGUUUAGCGUUCAUGUAAUUUCUAUGGCAAAUGGAGGUGCAGGAUUAGAAACAAAAAAUAGCGAAGAGAAUAAAAUUGAAUCUUUAAAUGAUUUGCCUACUACCCAAGUAACAAAAAUUGAUGAUAUUGUAACAUUUAAGAAUACCCAACAUUUAUACCCACGAUUUAAGCCUUGUGUUGAUUUACCUAAAAAGGGUAAUCGCUCUUCUAAAUUAUAAAAAUGUUGUGCAACAUAGUUUAAUUUUAAUUAUAUAUAUAUGUUAUUGUGAAAGACCGAAAUUGGAGAAUGUUAAAAUUCACAUGGUCGUUUGGUGUAUGUCCAAAAUGUUAAUGUAUAAGAAUAAACCCAAAUAUUCGUAUUUGAUGUGUUGACAAGCGACCAUGUGAAUCUUGAGAUUCUCCAAUUUCGAUCUUUCACGAUAACAUAUCUACAUAAAUAUUUAACAUUUCAGAUCAAUGCUAUUCUUUUAAACAAAAGUAAUACUUGUAUUUUUUAUUCAAUGUUAUGUUUCAUUGCUUAAUACGUAGAGUGGAUUGAAAAGUUUUGAACCUUAGCACAUACAAAAAAUAAACUUUUCUUUUUCU